GAACAGUUUAAUCGGUGCAACACACCUUCACUUUCACAGAUUACAGAGCAUAACUUUACAAAGGAGCAAGAAUAAUGGGAGCUAAUGAUUCUAAACCUGAUAGAAGAAUUGUCCUUUUUGGGAAAACCGGAGAUGGCAAAAGCAGCACUGGGAACACAAUCCUUAGACUGCAAUUUUUCCAGACUAAAUCUUCACCAACAUCUGUGACUGGAGACUGUGUAAGCGGGUAUGGGAUUGUUAAUGGAAGAAAAAUCACCAUUAUUGACACACCAGGAAUAUUUGACACAGUUGUUGAUGAUGAGGCCAUCAGAUCUGAAAUCACUAAAUCAAUUACUGAAAUUGUUCCAAGUCCUGACAUGUUUAUAAUGACUCUAAAGGUCGGCAGGUACACAGAACAAGAAAUAAAGGUAGUAGAUAAGAUGCUUUCAUAUAUAAAACAGUGUGAAGAGAAUAUCCUCAAACAUAUAGCAAUUUUAUUCACUCAUGGUGAAGAUCUUGAGGGUCAAACUAUUGAAGAAUUUGUGAAGAAGAGUCCAAAACUGCAGGAGCUUGUUGAUAAAUGUGGAGGUCACUGUUAUGUCAUCGACAAUAAACACUGGAAAAGGCGUUGGUGGGGAUACAGAAGUAACAGAGUUCAGGUGAAUAAACUGCUGGAUACUAUAGACCAGAUUGAACAAGAGAACGGUGGCUACAGCAAUGAGCUGCUCCAGAUAGUGGAGGAAGAGAUUCAAGAAGAGAUGAUAAAAAUAGAAAAUGAAAAUUUGUCUCUGGAAGAAAGACACGAGAGAGCAAAGAAGACUGUUUAUAAAAAACUUCUCUUUAAGCUUGCAGGAGUGUCCAUUGGGACACUGAUUGGGGCUUUUCUGGGCAUCAGUGUCGCUGUGGCAGCUGUUGUAAUUUUACUGAAAGACAAAAAUAUUAUAACAGUGGCAAAAGAUGCAUACUGGUUCAUGUAUCGCUGCAGGUGUUGUUUUUGGAUCUGCAGCUCUUGUAGGAGCUGUUGGAGGAGGAAUCACUGGAUGGAAUGAAGCAGAAGAAGCUGAUUCAGUGCUUGAUGCAAUGACGAAGACAGCAAAGACCAAACUUUGAGGCUGCAAAAUCAUUUGUUAAAAUGGCAGACAACCUCUAGUGUUUAAUGCUACAAAAAUAUUUUUUAUAGAAUAACAUUUCACUUUCUUUAAAAUUAUCUUAAAUAUGUGCAUUCGUGUGGGGGAAUGUUAUUCACAGGAGUCUCUCUCAUUUAACAACACAUUUUGUCUUCUCCAAGAUACCUUGAAUGUAAAUGUAUUUGCAUUAUUACUCAAAUCAGCAGUGUAUGUGGUUCAAUGAGCAGAGUGAAUAUCAAGGCAAAUAGACCCAGAGGGAAGGAAGUGAAACCAGGCAGUAGAUAGCUAAUGUGAAACUUUUUUUAUUUACAAAUUUUAUUUUAAUUUUUUUUAUAACAAUUUUAUUUUAUUUUGUUUUAUUGC